UGGCAGCGCGUUCUCGCCGCCCGGCGCGGGAAGCGGCGGCAGGAGCGGCAGCGCCGCCGGGCACGGCGAACACCGGCGGACGGGGACGGGGAUUGGGACGGGGACGGCCCGGGAGCGGCGCUCGGCAGCGGCCCCGCCGGGCCCGGCCCUCCCUCCGUCCGCCGCGGGAGGGUCCCGGCUGCCCUGGCCACGGAGCGGCUGCUGGAGGCGCGGACGGCGGGGCCGCGGCUCUGCGUGGACCUCGGCGUGGGCGGCAGCAUGACCGAGAAGGAGAGUGGCCGCCUGGCCUCCCAGAUCCGCAGGCUGUACGGGGCAAACCGCCGCGCCGCUCGRCCCUUCUGGCUGUACCUGACCGAGUUCACCAAGGGGACGCCGAUCUACGAGCAGUGCUUCCGKAUGAACGACGGCUUCGCCCGGUACCUGAUGGAUACAACUCCAGAGAGUUACCUGGACCUGUUCCCUUUGGAUGCCAUUGUUUAUCUCACUCCUGACUCUGAGAAUGUCCUCGAAGACAUUGAUCCGGACAAGGUGUACGUGCUGGGAGGGCUGGUGGAUGAGAGCAUUCACAAGCAGCUGACCCUGCGCCGGGCACAGGARCAGUCCCUGCGGACAGCCCGACUCCCCAUCCGCGAGUACAUGGUGAAAACCCCCAAUUCCAGGAACUACCACUCSGAAACGCUGGCCAUCAACCAGGUCUUUGAUAUCCUGUCCACCUACUACGAGACACGGAGCUGGCCGGCAGCCUUGAGGGCUGGAGUUUCUUCUGGAAAAGGCUACGUGCUACCAGAUGGAGAGGAACAGCUGAAAACACCGCAGUGCACCACGGCUGCCCAAGAAAACUCUUUAUUUUGUGGUGAGGAGCUGCACAGGCAGGAGGCACCGACAUGAGUGUGCGCAGGAGACAGCUCUGCUUCCGUCAGCACGAGGACCUUGUUGGAGCGACAUCUACCUCACGAGUGCCAUGCUGGACAUCUCCUGUCCCCCUGAGCAGGGAACAAAAGCUGGUGGAGCCUGGGAACAAGGCAAAACUGACAGGAAUUCAGUUUUGCUUCUUUGCAGCUGUUUGUGAGUCCUCCACCUACGCUUGUUCCGGUGUGGGGAAGAGAGCUUUAAGGUCGUUUCUUCAUUUUAUUUAAACAGUAAGGUGAGUUUUAUUUGAAGAGUAAGAUGAAGUUAGGAUUGCAAAGCUUAUGGGMAAGGAAAACCCCCUACCAUGGGACAGGACAGUGCUGCUCCUGCAGGAGAAUGCAGGAUGGGGAGCAGCCCCCAAGGGCACUGYGUCCCAACAACUUCAACCCAGUGAGGGCUCGGUGAGUUGCUGAAGCCUUUGGCUAGUUGAAUGCAUCUAAUAUAAAAUAAAACAUUUAGA